AUGAUCUCUCUGUUGGACGAUGCGGCCCUGCACCAAUUAAUAUCCACGGGAGUGAAGCUCGAAGCCCCGGUCGACAACCAUUUCGAAGCCCUCCAGCGACCUUUUGGCUACCGCCAACCCCCGGCUUUGGCGUUGGAGGCAUUUUGGAUC